AUGCCCUCAAACGUUGCUACGAUGUACGCUUCGCUGUUCUUGAUUGCCUUUGGUUCGCCGAUAUUCUGUGCGGUUACCACAUAUGCCGAUUACGGAAAAAGAAUCGUCUCGGAGUCAGCGAGAUUCCCGGGACCGGCAGAAUCCAGGAUUAUUGGAGGGGAGAAGGUCGCCAUAGAGGAAUAUCCAUUUGCGGUCUCGUUGCAGAACAAUGGUACGUUUUUCGGUCACCAAGUUGAGCAUUUCUGCGGCGGCGGUAUCGUCGGGGAAAAGUGGAUAAUAACGUCGGCGCAGUGCGCUCUCAGGGUAGAAGUGAAGGCAUUUCACGUGAGAGCGGGCACGUCGCGUUAUUACGAGGGUGGUGACAUUUAUGGUGUCCAAAGCGUCGUGAUACAUCCCGCUUUUAACGCAAUUAAUUACGACUACGACGUUGGUCUCGUUGAGCUGUCCGACAGUAUAACGUACGAUAGCACGAAACAGUCCAUUAAAUUGCCCAAAACACAUUCGAUGAUCGACGACGAUUCGCUGGUUAAAGUUCUCGGUUGGGGUAUAUUCGAGUUAUUCGGUCCGGUCUCGGACGUACUUUUACAUAGUACGAUGCGGAAAAUUAAUAACCAGGACUGUGAGGAAGCUAGCGGUGGUGACUUAUUAACCAACAGGAUGUUUUGUGCCUUAUCGGACGCUGCUAGACCCUGCGUUGGGGAUUCUGGCUCGCCUCUCAUUUUUCAGGGCACAUUAUUCGGGGUGGUGUCGUGGAGUCGGUCAUGCGACAGUCAGUAUCCAACUGCUUUUACAGCUAUAGCAGAACUGAAAGAUUGGAUCACCGACAUAACCAGUAUAUCUUGA